AGUGGCGGCGCUGUGAUGGCGGCGGCGGGGCGCCGGCAGCCGUGGUGGCUGGGGGUGCCGGGGGGGCUGUGCUGCUCCUAAUCGGCGUCGGGCCCCUGCGCCAUGGGGAGGAGCCGCGGUGGGCGGCUGGCCUGAGGCGGCGGCGGUGGCGGCGACAGCGGCGGGCGCGGCACUGCCAAGGGGGCCCCGCCGCGGGGGCCGUGACCCGCGCCGCUGGGGAUGUUGCGGUGGGUCCGGCAGCAGCUGGGUUUUGACCCACCACAUCAAAGCGAUACAAGAACUAUUUAUAUAGCAAAUCGUUUUCCCCAGCGUGGCCAUUAUGUUCCUCAGAAGUUUGCGGACAACAGAAUCAUAUCAUCCAAGUAUACAGUGUGGAAUUUUGUUCCAAAAAACUUAUUUGAGCAGUUCAGAAGAGUAGCUAACUUUUACUUUCUGAUUAUAUUUUUGGUUCAGCUCAUGAUAGAUACCCCUACCAGUCCUAUUACCAGUGGAUUGCCAUUAUUCUUUGUCAUAACUGUGACAGCCAUAAAACAGGGUUAUGAAGACUGGCUACGACACAAAGCAGACAAUGAAGUGAAUGGUGCUCCGGUUUAUGUUGUUCGAAGUGGUGGCCUUGUGAAAACUAGAUCUAAAAACAUUCGGGUGGGGGACAUUGUCAGAGUAGCCAAAGAUGAGACUUUUCCUGUUGAUCUGGUGCUUCUGUCAUCUGAUCGAGUGGACGGUUCAUGCCAUGUUACUACUGCAAGUUUGGAUGGAGAGACCAAUCUUAAGACACAUGUUGCAGUCCCAGAAACAGCAGUGUUACAGUCUGUUGCCAACCUGGACAAACUUGUAGCUGUUAUAGAAUGUCAGCAGCCAGAAGCAGAUCUAUACAGGUUUGUUGGAAGAAUAACUAUAAGUCAACAAACUGAAGAAAUUGUAAGACCUCUUGGGCCUGAAAGUCUCUUACUUCGUGGAGCAAGAUUAAAAAACACAAAAGAAAUAUUUGGUGUUGCAGUGUAUACAGGUAUGGAGACAAAGAUGGCAUUAAAUUACAAGAGUAAAUCUCAGAAACGGUCAGCAGUAGAAAAGUCCAUGAAUUCCUUUUUGAUUAUUUAUCUAAUAAUACUACUCUUCGAAGCCAUUCUGAGCACUAUUUUAAAGUAUGCAUGGCAAGCUGAAGAAAAAUGGGAUGAGCCUUGGUAUAAUGAAAAAACAGAGCAUGAAAGAAACAGCAGUAAGAUUCUUAGAUUUAUUUCAGAUUUUCUGGCUUUUUUGGUACUUUACAAUUUUAUCAUACCUAUUUCACUUUAUGUGACUGUUGAGAUGCAGAAAUUUCUUGGAUCUUUUUUUAUUGGCUGGGAUCUUGACCUCUAUCAUGAAGAAACAAACCAGAGAGCACAAGUAAAUACUUCAGACCUCAAUGAGGAAUUGGGACAGGUAGAGUAUGUGUUUACAGACAAAACUGGUACAUUAACUGAAAAUGAGAUGCAGUUUCGGGAGUGCUCCAUUAAUGGCAGAAAGUACCAAGAGGUCAAUGGUAAACUAACUCCAGAGGGGUUUUCUGAAGAUUCUCCAGAUGGAAAUAUACAUAGUUUGAUGAAAGAGGAAGAACUCUUCUUGAAAGCGGUUUGUCUUUGUCAUACAGUGCAGAUCAAUGCAGAUCAGACAGAUGGUGCUGAUGGCCCCUGGCAUGCCAAUGGAAUAGCAUCCCCAUUGGAGUAUUAUGCUUCUUCACCAGAUGAGAAAGCUUUAGUUGAAGCUGCAAGCAGGGUUGGAGUAGUAUUUACUGGAACUACUGGGGACAGCAUGGAAGUAAAAAGUCUUGGAAAACCAGAAAGGUAUAAAUUGCUUCAUGUUUUGGAGUUUGAUCCAAAUCGCAGACGAAUGAGUGUCAUUGUAGAGAGUCCCUCAGGGGAAAAGCUUUUAUUCACAAAAGGAGCAGAAUCUUCCAUUCUUCCUCGUAGUAAGAGUGGAGAAAUAGACAAAACAAGGAUACAUGUGGAUGAAUUUGCUUUGAAAGGACUAAGAACUUUGUGCAUAGCCUACAGGAGAUUCACACCUGAAGAGUAUCAAGAAAUUGGCAAACGGCUUCAUGAGGCCAGGACUGCCUUACAACAGCGGGAAGAAAGAUUAGCAGAUGUAUUCAACUUCAUAGAAAGGGAUCUGGAAUUACUUGGGGCUACAGGAGUAGAAGACAAACUACAGGAUAAAGUCCAAGAAACUAUAGAAGCACUCAGGUUGGCUGGUAUCAAAGUGUGGGUACUCACUGGAGAUAAGCACGAAACAGCUGUUAGUGUCAGCUUAUCGUGUGGACACUUUCAUAGAACCAUGAACAUCCUUGAGCUGGUGCAACACAAGUCAGACAGUACGUGCGCAGAGCAACUGAGGCAGCUAGCCAAGAGAAUAAAGGAAGACCACGUUAUCCAGCAUGGACUCGUUGUGGAUGGGACCAGCCUCUCUCUUGCACUCAGGGAACAUGAGAAACUGUUUAUGGAAGUUUGCAAAAACUGUUCUGCAGUGUUGUGCUGUCGCAUGGCACCCCUUCAGAAAGCAAAAGUAGUGCGACUGUUAAAAACAUCCCCAGAGAAACCUAUAACAUUAGCGAUCGGUGAUGGUGCUAAUGAUGUGAGCAUGAUACAAGAAGCACAUGUUGGCAUAGGAAUCAUGGGUAAGGAAGGAAGACAAGCUGUAAGAAACAGUGACUAUGCAAUAGCACGAUUUAAAUUCCUCUCCAAGUUGCUUUUUGUUCAUGGACACUUUUACUAUAUUAGAAUAGCAACCGUUGUACAGUACUUUUUUUAUAAGAAUGUGUGCUUUAUUACACCACAGUUUUUAUAUCAGUUCUUCUGUUUGUUUUCACAACAAACACUCUAUGACAGUGUAUACCUGACUUUGUACAAUAUUUGUUUCACUUCCUUGCCUGUCCUCAUAUACAGUCUUUUUGAACAGCAUGUGCAUCCACAUGUAUUACAGAGUAAACCUGUGCUCUAUCGAGAUAUCAGUAAAAAUGCCCACCUGGGAUUUAAACCUUUUCUUUACUGGACCAUCUUGGGCUUCUUCCAUGCAUUUGUUUUCUUUUAUGGCUCGUAUCUUCUAAUGGGAGAAGAUACUUCUCUGCUGGGAAAUGGCCAGAUGUUUGGAAACUGGACAUUUGGUACUUUGGUCUUCACUGUUAUGGUUAUAACUGUUACAAUGAAGAUGGCCCUAGAAACUCACUUCUGGACAUGGAUAAACCAUUUUGUUACUUGGGGAUCCAUUGUAUUUUAUUUCAUAUUCUCCUUGUUUUAUGGGGGAAUAAUCUGGCCAUUUUUACAUACCCAGGACAUGUACUUUGUAUUUGUUCAACUGUUGUCAAGUGGUUCUGCUUGGUUUGCCAUAAUCCUCAUAGUAGUUGCUUGUUUGUUUAUUGAUGUUGUGAAGAAAGUGCUGUACAGACAUCUACAACCAACAAGUACUGAAAAAGCUCAGAUGGAAGAAGAUAAGGGUUCAGUCAGCUCAGCAUGUGACUUUGCUGAAAGCAGGCACAGAGGGGAGGACAAUAGGCAACUGCUAGACCCAUCUAGCCUACCCGACAGUACUUACGUUCACUAGCUUACUGAGGCAGGUUCAGGUAUCAACUGCUUGGACUCCAUGUGCUGCUUCUCAGAUGGGGAAACAGCAUGCACAUCUGUUAGAAGAAUGCUGGAACGACUAAUGGGAAGAUGUAGUCCAACCCGGGUCAACAGGUGUGGCAUUUCUCUCAAUAGCCUUUGCUGCAGACGAUUCUCCUAUAAACUGGAACCUGAUGAGCCUGCAGCAAUAGAUGUCUAGCAAACCAGCUGCAGGUUUUGCUUAUUUAAGUAGGAAAUGUAACUCUUUAUUGUACUUUUUUCAUUCUAAAAUAUUAGUUUCUUGUUUGUUUUUGAGUAUUUUCUUUUGGGAUGGGGAGGGGAAAAAACAGUUUUCAAAUUAUUUCUGUUAAAAUUUAGUUCGGCUUACUACAAGUUCUUGUGUUGUAUCUAUCAUAAUUUCUCUUGAUUUGUACAUACUUCACUUUAGAAAAUCAAGCCUUGCUGCUGUUUUUGUUCUCCUUUUCAUGAUUUUUUUUUUUUUCUUUUUUAAAUUGCCUUCACUAAUCAGGAGUUGUUUGUAAAGUCAAAAGACUCUUACCGUUUAGUUCUUGAUGUACAACCUCCAAAUAUUUACCUUGGAGCUUGCAUGACUCCUGAAGAUAUACAAAAGGCUCACGCUCCCCCCCUUAAAUAUAACUUCAUUGUUAGAAGGAGAGUCUUUAAAUCUUUGAGCCAUUGAUUGAUAUGAAGAUGAAGUAUUUUUGUAGUCUAACUUUUAUAAUCUAUUUCUAAAAUCAGAGGAAUUGACAGAACAGAGCCUUCAGAUUCUAAGAAUUUUAAAUGUUUUUUUGGUUCUGGGAGGUAUGUUGUCAAAAUCAUGUGUGCCAUUCCAAAGUAUGUGCUAAAUAAAUCCUUUUUCCUUCGCAAACCACAUGUGAAACAAACUUCAGUGGCAUAAAAACAUGUUAAUGUAGUACAUCUAAGGAGCAAUACUGCUCUUGUGGUCAGCAUAACCGUGAGAGAAACUCUUACUAAAUGUGCUGAUGUGCCAUCUCCCCAUUUCCAGUUAAGAGGGAUAGCUAACAAACAUGGAAGUAUUUGGGGGUAGAAAUAAAAGUAGUCUUUUGUAUAUCGUAAUCUCUCAGUCCCUGAAUGAUAUCACAGUCCUUCAUUGGUCAAAAGGCAAACCAGAAAAAGUUGCACUUCGGAUAUUUUCAAGGAAACUCAUUUUGUAUUUGAACAACUUUGUCUCUUUUGGGUAAAGGUUGUGAUAUCAUUCAUUCAGUAUUAAAUCUUGUGUGGGUAAUUUUCACUGACAAGCUUUGUCAGUUCUGAUUCUGCCAUUAGGUAUUGAUUUGGUAUGUAGUACAUCUCUGUUUUGAACUCGUGUUGAACACAGUGUCUGUGGUUUCAGUGAGUUUCUCUCUUCUGGCUUGCUUGUGAAAUUAAUUCAACAUUUAAGCAAAUCAUAGGGUAUGAUUAUGCAAAAUGUUUCAUUCCAUGUGAAAAACAAACUGUUAUUAUUAAAUACAUUUUUAAUUCAGACUCUUGCUGUAUAGAAAGUGGGCAUGAUGUGUAAAAUAAACAAUUUAAUAGCAUUUUUAAUCUACAAGGUGAGCAUUUAAUUGGUCUAAAAAUAUCAACAUUUUGGUAGCAAUUGAGUUUUUUGGGUAUUUCCCACUUCUCUGCUUUCUAAAUGAGGAACUUCUCAUGCUACUUUUUUAUUUAUUUAUUGUUAUCUACUUAGGGCAGACACUUAGUUAACAUUUGCCUUAGUAAUAUGUAGUCUUAUAAGGUAGGUAUGCUGUGUUUUAUUUUUUUGCAGUGCAUUUACAUUUUUACAAUGUCCUCUUUUUUCCCCCUCUGUUUUUCUGUCUUUAAGAACUUACAAAUAUUUAUUGAAGGUAACUCAUAUUUGACAGAAUAUUAAAACCCUUUUUAAGACUGCUUUUUCUCAGGUUUCUUGUCUGCUUACCUCAUGUAAUUUUCAGAUGAAGUCCAUCAGGCUGAAUAACUUUAGAGUUGUUAAAACACGGAAGUUAGUAUUAUGUUUAAAGUAUAUGCAAGACUAUCUUGGUGCUACACUAAGGGCUUGAAGUUCUGUAGUUUUUGCUUCUGCCUCUGGUCGAAGUUACUGUGAACCAUCUUUUAGUUUCACUUCAUGUACAGUACAACUAGAAAAAAUCUCAGUCUUAUUUGCUUUCUUCAAUGACUUUGGUUCCUUCCACUCAACAUUGACGAUUAAAACUUAGUCUAAAAGUCAAGGUACUAAGACUAUUUUUAUCCCUGGACUUUCCUGGAAAUAUGUGAAAGUCUUUGUUUAUUUUUCUAAUGUACUAAUUGCUUAAAUCACAUAAGGCAGUUACAAGUUGUGAAAUGCUGAAGGUACAGUUAAGAAAUCCAUUUGGUGAUGUAAAAAUGUUUGUAAAACUGUUUAGCCUUUGUUCACAAGCUUGAGCUGCUUUGAUUUUUACCUAAAUCCUCAGAGAUUGUGCAAUCACGAACAGGAUGGUCUUUUGAGUACUUGUGCUUUAUAAAACAGCUUCUUAUUCAACUAUGAGGUAGCUGCAUAUUAUUUUUCUUGAAUGAAGUGAUGCUGGUAAAUGUUGUCUGUGAGAGUGCUGUAGAACGAAGAGCACUGUUUUAAAUAAUGUUGCUGUAGCUAGCAUGUGUUGUAUUCCGUGCUCUUGAUAUUCUGUCAAAUACGAUAUUCUGUCAAAUAUGAUAUUCUGUCAAAUACAAUAACUGAAUAUAAAAUAAAACAUGGUAUCAAAUUUUGAUAGAAACUUUGAUGAAUCAAAGUUGUACAAAUGCUUGGAGUAGCGGGCCACAAGAAUAUAGUCUCUUGUACAUAAUCUACUGCUUGUAAAAUGUAUUUGAGAAGUAUUUUCUAUAGCUUCAAUCACCAGUUAGAAUAUAAAAUAUGUGGUGUGGUAUGAUAAAAUGCAUUUUGUCUGUCUGUUCCAUUAAAUUGUCUGUCAACUUGUCAAUCACUAAAAUAUUAAGAACGCUGUAUCACAUACAUUUCUUGUACAGUAGGCUUCAUUACUGAAUUGUUUGGAUCUCCCAUUAGCAGUAUUUAUGUCAAGGCAUCGCAUGUUAAAGUCCUGAAGAAACAGCAGAUUUCUGGCAGAGGCAAACCUGGAGGGAUAAAUUUGUUAUAUUUUGAUUUCUUGCCUUCCAACCUUCCAUUUUUCAGCUUUUCACAUACAGUGCUGUAAUAUCAUUCAACCAGGAAGAGUAUUUCUUCCUAAGUCAUAACUAGUCCUUAAGAGAAAGACAUUGCAAAUGUCAUCUAAAUCAAAACCUGUCACGUUAGGUAGUUUUCCUCAUGCCUUAAAUUCUAACUUAAGGGAUGAAAUGGAUUCCUGGUUGUAGAUAAGUUUUGCCUACCCACAAUUUUAGACAGCCUGGAUGUUGAACAUGAAAACACCAGUAAACAGGGUUACCACAGUCAGACUGUGUGUUCCACAAGGUUUUACUAGAAUGACCUUAGGCAAUAUCAAACCAUAGCAUUCACAGAGCCUCAGCUUACACGUGCAACAUCAAGAUUUUCCUUGAGGCAUGAUGUUAAAACUUUAGUUGUAAACAGGUGUAUAAACCUCUGGCCAUUUUCAUAGUGAUGAAAAUAUCUGUAGCAGUAAGUUUGCCAGAAAGGUAAACAUAGAACAGUUAAUUACAUAGUUGGCAUGAUUAAUUGUAGUCUAUUUUCAAAGGUUUUGAAUGAAUUGCAGGUGCCUACAUGAAAUUAGUAGAUGAAGGAGUUACAUUUACCUAAUCUCUUAACACUUAUCUUUUGCUUUCUUAGACUUUUCUCCUUACCUCUAGAUUGUAAGUUCCCAGUCAGCCAAACUUUUCUUUUAUUGUUACUUUAGAUCAUGGAGUUCAUCGGAUCCCUUCUAUGCCAACGACAGAAGCAUCUUGACUCUCUCCACAAUGGACUCACCCACUUGUUAACAGGGACAUAUGUAAAUGCCUUGUGGAAGCUCACACACCUAUAGUAGGUUCUGAAGCAAGUUCAGUGCUACAUCCCUGUCCUAGGAAAGACUAGCAUCACUGCUCAAUACAAACCGUGGCUUGUCUUGUGGCCUAGCAUAAGUCAUCUGGACAGUAAUCGCUUCCAGUAUUUUUUUUUUCUAAUUAUAUCCACAAAUUACUAAAUAUAUAUGUAUGUUUGCUUUUUAGUUGGUUGGGGUUUUUUUUGGGGUUUUUUUUUAGGAACACUUUUACCUCCGACCAUUUAAUCUUUUUUGUUACUGUACGAGCAGAUUGGAAUCCUGCAUUUGAUACUUGAGACAUCACUGUAGCACAGUGACAUAAACUUCUCCCAAAUUCGAGUGAUCCAAUAGAACUGAAUUUGCACAAUGAAACUUAAAAAAGUUUCAUUUUUCAUGAUGACCCUUUAUUCAAACACACGUUAAUUUUGACUUGUCUCUUACAGAUGCUGUCUUAGCAGUUUGCAGAUCAGUUUUGUUAUUUCCAUGGAUGGUUACUGUAUUCUAUAAGCAAUCCGUUUAGUAAUUUUUGAGAGUUAAAUACAAUUCAGAUAUUUUUGCUGGUUGCUGGUGUACAAAUGAAAAUACGUUUGCAUAGAGGGCUUUGAAAAAACACUGUUAACUUUGACAAAUUAAUCAUUUGGAAUAAUAAGGGAUAUAACAGUUAAUUGUUUUCUUGAAGUAUAAUCCAGAAGCCAGUCAUCUUAUUAUGCCCUGUGUGUUCUGUUAACAGUUCUUGAUCCUUACAUGGGAAAAAAAAGUGUAAGAAUCAGUGGAUAGUGCAGAAGUCUCACUAGCAUAAAUACUUUGAAUUAUUAAUCCUUUUAAAGUUGGGGAAUUUUUGCAUGUUUUAUUCUUUUUCAUGUAUUUAUAUUUGGUCAUGUUGUACUUUGAAGAUACAGUUAAUGCUUAAUUAUCUUCAUAUAUCUGAAGAAUCUGAGACAUUGAUGGCAAUGUUUUGAUACCUGAGUAUGCCAAUAAAAACAAAUUGCACAGAUGGAGCUUGACAUGGUACAUCUUAGAGAUACCUCUGUUGUCCCAGUAUAAAUGUGUCUGCAUGUUUGGGGCGGGGUAGCAACAUUUGCCUGUUUGCCCGGCUGGGAUGACUAAACCUAUGGUUAUCUUUAUAUGUGGGAGAUAAAUUAGAUAUCCAAACAUGGGCCCAGAAGCAGCAGCAUUUUUACUAGCCUCUAGCCAUAAAAACUGCUGUACCUAAGGCAAUGCUCUGUGGCUGUCCCUGGGGGCAGCACCUCCCUGACACUGAAGUCCAUCAAUAAUGGGCAGAAUCUUACUGUCAGAGAGUAAAACAUGUAAAGCUGCAUAUUCGAAUUAUCUCUGGGUGGCAUAAACUGUAAACACCUACAAGAACUUCUUUAAGAAAGAUGUGGUUAAGAUUAGGAUUUGAACAAAACCAGUACUAGUUGCUUUCACCCUGCCUCCAUGAGUUUCCACUGUUGGCUUAAGUACUGUCCCCCAAGCAAAUUACAUGUCAAAUACUCUUUAUUUUGUAAUAAUCUUACCCUCCUGGUAUGACAUCUCAGUGGGGCCUGGCCUGCUGCCAGAGGAGUGUAUCCCUCUUAUUAUGGUCAUCCUAAAUCCUCCCAACUUCAGUGAGCUGCAGGAGAGGAAGUGUUCAAGAGGUGUUGACUUUCUUUGUAUUGAAUGCUUCAGAUUGUUCCUCACAUUCCUUCGGAAUGUUCCUUGCCUGUAAACAGCUCUGCUAUUCCUUAUUCUUGUUCAUGAUUUAACUGGUAUUAUUCCAGUUCUCCUCUUGAAACUUGUUUUUGAAUUAACAAGUGGAAGCUUCACUCUAAAAAGUGAAGGCUGCAGGUAGUGCUGGAUUUUCAAGAUCUCAUUGUUCAAGGCAACAUUUGUGUAGUACAAAAAUUGUCACUGCAACCUUGUUUUGAAACUCGUAGUGAUUUGAAUGUGCAGUACCUGAGUUUUUUGUCUCACUGGUAUAGAUGAAGACCAGUUCACAAAUUAAAAAGUUCUUAAAAAUUAAUGAUGAAACAGAACAAAACAAAAUCAAAAUAUAGCAAAUUUUCCUUUUAAAUAACUGGUAAGUUCGGUGUUUGUAGCUUAUAUCUGUAUCAUGCCUUCAAAUGCAUAAGUGCAGUGAUGGUUAAGCUUGAGAAUUUCAGUUGUACAGUAGAUCCCCACAUUGAGUGUCCAGACGAUGAAGAUAGAUUGACUGAAGAUUGAGUCUGUUUGAUACCUGGUUCCUAUGCAGAGAGGAUAUAAACUGUCAGCUCUCCAGGCCCCAAGAGGACUUUUAUGCGCAUAUGCAAUAGUAAUGAAAUAUACUUGAAUUUCUUUCACCUACUCCUGUAACUAACUUUAUAUAUAAUAUAUAUAAUACUAAAUCUGUUUUUAAAAUAAUUAUUUUCUUCUUAGUUUUUCAUUCUAAGUUCAUACUGCUAUGGGUGCCUAGGAAAUAAUUCUUUUAAAUACUCUAAUCAGAUAUCUGCUGUUUAGCUGUAUCUUUUAUGUCUAAAUCAGUGUUCCACGUUUCAGAAGUACUUGUUUGUCCACGUCAACCACAGCAUUCUAAUCAUCCCCUCAAUUUGUGUGCCACGUAACCUCAUCAGUCUGUGUGGUUAGUUUAUCAUGUACUGAAAUAUAAACUGCCAUUUUGUAUAGUAGAAGGCAGAGGUUUUGGAUAUAUGACCCCACUCCAAGCAUUGAGACUGGCUCGGCUCUGUACAUAGAUUUUUGGCUUUUACCACACAAGUGUGUUAAUUAUAUUUGCGCACAAGAAGCACCAUCCUAUAUUUGAAGAAUAAUUUAUGUUCAUUAUGUGUUUCUUUAAAACCUUCCAUCUCCUCCCUUUCCCCCUGCUUUCCCUCUUCCCAGUGUUUGUAAGGUCACCGACGAAACAUGCAUUUAAACAAUUCAGGAAGAACUUAAGAAUCCAUCUGUCUGCCAAGGUAUAUUUUUCUAUUUGUAGUAAAUCUAAAUCUAUUUGCAGUAAAUCUAAUCAUUUAGUAAAAACAUAGGAUUGGUUUGCGUAGGACUGGAUUUUUUGGUCUGACAAAUAUUUUGGAUGGAAGAAGUGACUGUGGUUUUGUGCUGAUGUCAGAAAUGUUUUAAACUUGCUUCUAAUCAAAGAAGAAAGAUUUUGUGUAUUUCUUUGGCAGCUGAAGUGUGUGAAGCCAUUCACUGUGCAUUGGGUACAGCGUAGACUUCUUCCUGAAGAAGACUGAGCAAAAGGCAGCUAAUUCAGUAUAACACUAGCAUUCAUCUCACUGAUUUACUGUAGGAAUGGAUGAGGAAGAAUUUGCCAUAGAAAGGAGAUGUUUUAGAAUUACCUCUUAGCCUCAAAAUUCAUAAUGUAUGGCAGAAAAGCCUAGAGUAGAUGUUUUAAGAGUGGUGUAUAGUCACUUUACUAUGCAGCAUCUUUAAACAAGCACCUUCUCCUUCACCCCCUUCUGAAUGGGACUGAGUUCUUGGCAUAUUUUAGUUCUUGUUCUGUGAAAAACAGGGUUUGGUUUUGUUACUUAGAAAUACAGAGUUUUAGUUGCCAAAUUUAUGCUUUUUUAAAAGGUGCAGUAGAAAAGAUUAAGUGGGAAGAUGCUCUGAAUUGUUUCACAAACUAAAAUGUAAAUAUUCCACUUAAGAUAUUCUGUGUAUUUUUUAAGGUUGGGGGGAGAGUGGGAACAAAAAAUGCAAAUGAAGGAAUGCUGAAAACUUUGGCUUUACAUUUGCGGAAUGAUUUCUUGUUUUCUAGUGCAAAAGCUGAUUUGAGGAAUGAUUAUGCAACUUAGAAUGCAUAUUAGGCAACUAUAAUUUCUUACUGGAAACCUUUGGUAAUACUUUCAAACAGGUUUUUUUUAUGACAGUAUAACUUCACUAUUGGAAAAAAAGAAUCUCAUUUUUCUAGUCGUCUUAGAAAUGUCUCAAAGCUGUAGUCUACGUUAUUUUUAAUAGUUUUAUCUGAUACUUCUGUACUCUAAUAUUAGUGAUUUUGGUGAAAUUCAGUGUUCAAAAGUGUUUGAUCAUAACGUGCUUCUGAAGCAUUUGAGAGUCUUGUUUUCUUGGUGUAAAAUACCAAGUAAGUAACUCCCACUGGCACUGCCAGUUGCACAGCCAUCACUGCUUUAAAAGAGUUAUGCUUAGAGCUGGGCAAACCCAUCAUUAUGGACUGAUUUUAGGCUUUUUUUUUGCUCAUGUUUUUUAUUGGUGGUGGUUCUGUAUGUUCUUUGCUUCUCUUGUUUGCUUCCAGUGGCAUGAUUUGCCUGGUUUCUGCUCUCUAUUAGAAUGACUCAAUUCCUAACAGGAGGAGGAAAGAUGGGAUGCUCGUGGCUGUAUCAGCUCUGCCAGAAGCGCAGUCGCAUCAGUAUUUGCAGGGCUUCUGCUUUCCAUAAUUUUUUUCCUUCAGCUAAAUACUGCUCAUAGAGGCAUCAGAAAUAAGGCGGUAGAGACCUUGCGUGCUGCCCAAGCUUCUGUGGCUUUUGUUGAAAGGAAUGUUCUCAUCAUUUUGAAGUACUCACCUUUUCUCUAGCUGUUGCUACGCUAUGAUGUUGAUUACAAUAAGUACAUACAAUUGUCAUUACUGUAGAUAGAUACAACUUUUUUUGUUGUUGUUUCCAGUUAGUAUAAAUGCAUAGACAUGAAUAAAACCCGCAGGGCCGAAAUGUUAAAGACCUCUACAUCUAACAUGCAGGGGGAAAAAAGUGCUGCUGUUCAUGACACAAAAAGUGUGACUUGUCUGAAAGAAACCCUGAAGCGCACCUAAAUGACCUGUGUUGUGUAUUGAUUUUGCCUCAGCCAUUUUUAAAGAAAUUAUGAGUAUGUUCUCAACCUUUUUGCCAUAUAUAAGGUCCAUAUAGUUUAGGAAGGGGAAAAUGAUUAAAAAA